AUGUGUAAGGGAAUCCUGGUUGAUACUACUACUGCUAUCACACUUUCAUCAUUAAUUACGGUGGAGUCCAGUAGUGAGUCUGCUAAUAGUACUGCACACAUUUCAUUGAGGUAUAAAUGCAAGGUCAAAGUACCCCAGACCGAGGCGUUGUGGCUACAACCGAAUUGGUCCCUUAAAAGAUAA